GGCUUGCUUCGACGGGAAUUGCGUGCGUGUGUUGUUUGUUGUGGGUCACCGUGUUCGGUAGGGGAGUGAAGCAAAAGGAUGCUAGAAAUUUAUGCUGCCGUGAGAGAAGAGAUUAGUCGGAGCUGGAUGUUUCAUAACAUUGGGUCGUGCUGGAGAACCGUGUGUGCGCUAUAGUCGCUUAUGUAUCGAAUUUGCAGAAAAGUUGUUCCCACUGACACCAACUGACACACUGGGAGGUGGUGCGCUGUGUGUUCGAUUCUUGAUUGUAAGAGGUGAUUUUUUCCUCAAGUGAUUUGAUUGAGGUGAAAGAACGUGAAUUUCGUGUGGUAUUGAGUCAUUUGAAUUUUGGCUUCGUGAAGUGGGGGCUGGCUGAGGAAAAGGAGACGUGCUCAAGUAGACCGGAUAAAUAGGCUAAUUAAAAGGUUACAACCGAAACUUUGUGGUUUGUUCGGAUGAAGGAACAAUCUCAAAGGACUGGGUUCGUGAUGGUGGAAACAGAAAGAAUGUUUGCGGUUUAGAGAUUCCAGUUUGGGUCAGAAGGCUAAUUUCAGUGCCAUUGCAAAGAUACGAAAAACUCCGUCUGCGUGGAUGGGCGUGAUUCGUUUGUGAAACGAAGCAAACGCACACUGAAGGGGGUAAAACAAGUAUGCGAAUUUGGAGCCGUGCAAAAUAGAAAAGGAUUUCUCUGUGGAAGAAAGCGGUCGGCGGGGGACGAGCAAAAAAGAGGCCCAAGAGCCAGGAAAGUACGCCAAACAAACACAGAUCACAAACACAAUGACUCUCAUCCUAUCCUGGUUGUUCAUUCUGGUACUGAUCGUACCGGAUCUCUCCUCCAGCCUACUACACUGUCCAUCCCGGUGUCACUGCGACGACGAGAAGCUGGACGUUAACUGCGAGGAAGGCCACCUGGACGUUGUACCGAUCGCACUUAACCCCUCGAUCCAGCGGCUGGUGAUCCGAAACAACAAGAUCCGAAUCAUCGAUUCGUCGGUGCAGUUUUACUCGGAACUGACGCUGUUGGAUCUAAGUUUCAACUAUCUGUUCAACAUCCCCGAUCGAACGUUCGCCCGGCAAAGUAAACUACAGCAGUUGCAUUUGAAUCACAACAAAAUCAGUGCCGUUUCUAACCGAACCUUUGUUGGGUUGAAUGAACUGUUGGUGCUGAAUCUGAGAGGCAAUCUGAUUGAUUUGAUCGAACCGAUGUCGUUUUCACCGCUAACGAAACUGGAGGAACUGAAUCUGGGCCAGAAUCGAAUAACUAGCGUUGGAUUGUCGGCCAAGGGACUGCUGGGAUUGAUGGAUUUGAAAAUCUUAUAUUUGGAUGAUAACCGUUUGGAGGUUGUACCGCCAGAAGAGACGUUCCUGCCCGUUGACAAACUAGCUGAGUUGUACAUCGGGACAAAUUCGCUGAGCGUCAUUCGAGAUGGAGCAUUUGCUGCGUUAUCGGAGCUUACACUGUUGGAUCUGAGGAGUACCCUAUUGAGUAAUGUUAGUAGCGGUACCUUCGCAGGAAUUGAAAACAUCAAGUGUCUAAAUUUGGCAGAUAAUCGAUUCCAAAGAAUCCCAUCGAAGGCGCUGGGAAUCCUACGGAGAUUAGAGGAACUGUCAAUCGGCCAGAAUUAUUUUGAAACCGUCCCUGCUAAUUCGUUCCGAGGAUUAUCGAACCUGAAACGGUUCGAGCUGAGGGGAUCGCUCUAUCUGAACAGAAUCGAACGAACUGCAUUCCAAACGAACACAAACCUGGAAAGUAUUGCCAUCGAGUCCAACAAGGCGCUGACCGUGCUGGAGGAGGAAACAUUCUCCGGACUGCUGUACCUGAAGCAUCUGAGCCUGCGGAAUAAUGGAUUCGAACGGUUGGAUGAAAAUAUGCUCUCUUGGAACAGUCUGCGAACGUUGGACAUUUCGGAUAAUCCGAUAAAUUGUGAUUGCUAUUAUUCGAAGCUGCUGCACCGACUGCAAACGUCUAGCAGAAUCAACUACAAUGCAACCGGUUGCCCGCACCACCUGCCGGACCAGUGGGAAUGUGAGUACAUUUUGGACAAGAACAAGAAUCUCAUCUCGGUGCUGGUACUGGCGGUGGCCAUCGUGACUGCCAUUGCUCUCACCUUCUACCGCUUCCGGGGGCUGUUGCGUGAGUACGUCCACAACGGAUGCAAGAACAAAUCGCACGGAGCGGCCGGGGUAAGUCCGGUGAUCGGCGGGGACAUGAACAGUGUGGAUUACGAGAAGGCCAUCACCGAGGAUGAUUACGUGAUCCGGCAGAGCAAUCUGUACAGCAACCAGGUACAACCGAUUCUGAACGGCUAUCCGGCCUACAUGCAGCAGAAUACCGUCUACUACAACAAGCCACUGCCGAUUACCGAGUUAUAGUAUUGAAAGCUAGUCGAGUGUGAUGUCAGUGUGUAAAUUAAUGCCGGAGGGUGUUUAUGGAUGGUUUUUUUUUCGGGAGGUGGAGAGCGGCGGGUGCUUUUCCGGUGGCGUCAUAACAAACUUGCACCCGUCGGCAAUGUUGGUGGUGAUGAUAGUUUCGAGGGGGGUCAUAUGCAUCAGGAUGCAAAACGUGUGAGCUCGGUUGAACAUUUCAGCACCAACGAUAUCCACUGACGGUGCAUAUGGUCCAGUCGUUGUGAUAAUAGCAGUUGGAUAAUUCUGUUCGUUAUUCAAUUAAAACAAACGAGACGUGCUGAAAAUUAAACCAUGAAACAGGUAGCGCAAACACUGUUCGCUGGAGCACGCGGUGAGAAAUUCCAGAUCAAGUGAAAAAGUUUCAAGCGCUGUACUUUUUACAUACUCCGGUCUGUCUCUGGUGUUUGGUUUUCCGAAACCACAGCGCCAGGUAGAGCAUAGUACAAUCCCUACCGGGGAUCAGCACCAGAAACGUUGCAGCUUCCACCACCGCCACCACCAUCAUCAGACUGUGGCCCGUGUUCCUCAUGGAACAGAGUAGAACGUCCAACACAACAGGCUACGAAAGGCAGCUCAGUUAUACGUGACCCUAUAUGGAGAAGUAUGGAAGCGGUAAUAAUUCCAUGGAAAUUAUAGCAAUACCAUUUAAGUUUUAACUGUAAUUGUUAAAGGUUAGUGAAAAAUAGCGGUGAAAUUCUCCGGCUCCGGUUCUCCUUCCUUCUUGCGCACUGGUAAUUUUUCCUCCCCACACUACUGGCAGGUGAUGAUGCGGGAAAUGGGCAUUCGGGACUCUUGGCUGGUUUGGGUGUGUGUGUGUCUGUGUAGGUAUGUGCGGUUUACCCGUUAGAUGGGUGCGAAUGUGUGUGGUUUCGGUCGUUGAAUAUUUGCUUUGGUGGUGGUUUAGUUCCGCGAAAUCGGCGAGAAAAGUUGGAGGGGUUUUUCAUUCUGAAAGAGCAUUCAUUGAGGCGGUUUGCUUAGUUGGGGAUGCUAUUUUUUAGGACAAGAGGGUGAAAUAUUAAACAUUGACAUUGUUUCCAAAUUUUUUGUUCAUUCUUCAAAUACAGAUUUUAAUUCGGUGUGUAGUGUGCAUAUUUUCACCAAUCUAUACACUAUGCUUUAUUUUCCCUUAGUGGAGGAAAAAUUUUGGUAAAAACUAUUUUUUCCUCAUAAGAGACUAUUUUUUUAAACAAUCUUUACGCGUGAAGAGUACAAAACCUAUAACUAAUUUAGUUAUGGAAUUUGUGUUUCGACUUCGUCUCAUCAGAAUUUGACACAAACGGCGAAGCUAGCGCCAGAUUGACGCUACUCAGAAGCACAAACUGUGCCUUCGCUUUUUAGAGCUAGUAUCAAUCCGGCGCUAGCUUAUUCCUGUCACUAAAUUACUGUCGGAUUCUGAUGAGAUGAAGUCGAAAUGCAAAUUCCGUCACUAAUCAAUAUAGAUAUUUUACGCAAGAGCCUUAAGCCUGUGGGAAGGGAAUGGCCAUUACAAAGUAUCACCUACCACAGGGACUUCGUUAACACGCGAAGAGCUAUUACCAAUAGUAGUCUAAACAAAUCGUGUAUAUAGAUUUCUGGUAUUGGUAUAACAAUAAAAACAGGGUCAUAAAUCGUUCUUAUUUUAGAGGACAUUUCCUUAAUUUGAUUUCACAUGUCCUUCAUUUUAGGCUGAAUUGUUGGUGUAUUCGAAAUCGUUUCUACCAAGUUUAUCCCGAGAGACGACUUUCAAUGCUUUUUCUCAAUAAAGUGGCUUACAAGCUUAUGAGGAUUGUGUUAUCAUCGAUGGUUGGACUUAUAAAUUUGUUUCUGGCGAGGGGGUUGACCUUCAUGAAUGCACGCUGAAACCAGACAGAAUUGCGCAUUGAAGUGAUUGUUCGAUAAAAUUUUGGAAGACUAUCAUCACUUUUUAUUACCUAAUGGAUAAAAAGAGACAUUAUCUCUUAUCUCUAUUAAAUUUUACUUAUUUUCACCAUAAAAUGAAAUGUUUCAGAAAACCAUAAUGUUCACCAUUGUUCUUUGUCGUUUAGUUGAUUGUUUUCGUACUUGUGAAUGAUUUAGAUUCGUGUACAAUUUCGCUUACUCGCAUAACCGUAAACAAUAAAAAAGCACCAAGCGCUCGCGCUGUGGAGAAUAAACCAAACGAACACUGCUCUCCGACACUGCUAAUAGUCAAAGAAGGUGAGGCCUAGCAGACAGGAUAUCGGCAUCACAUGCGAUGAACGCUGCGAUUUGUUUGUGGGAUUCACCUGCAAUCCCACAAAGAAAUCGGUAAGCAGUAGCGGUAAGUUAACAUAAAAGCAAAUUGUCCUUUUUAAACCAUUUUGCGCGAAUUAGUAGAGUGUAUAAUUACCACUCUAGUAGUGAAAUAUUUUUCUCUAACAUUGCAAUUAAGUUGACUUGUUUUACGUACGAUAUGUGAAAUAAAUAGUAGACAUAGCUGGCCACCUUGAAACGAAGGGUCAGUUGAGCAAAACAAAUUUGAGGUGAUUUAGUCGUAAAAGCUGGAAAGUUAAUCUCAUUACUAGAAAGUUGACACUAUUCGUCGUCUUAACCGACCGAAAAAAUUGACGUAAAACCGGAGACCUGCCAAAAAAACCGGUGUCUGAAAUAGCUUUUUUGAAGUAAAAUUCUUCUAGCAUCUCAAUAUAGGGGUCUUGCUGAAAUUUUUUCUGUAGAAAUGAUGCUCAAAUUUUUAAACGUGAAUAACUCCUGUUGUACUGAAUGUACUAGAUGUUUACACUAUCUGAUAGAAAAUAUCCACCACAAUUUUGUAAUUAAAUCCGUAGUGUGCGCAAUAACUGUAAAUAAUGAAAAACAAAAUCAAGGCAGUUCUCAACUGUGCACUGAUUGGUGGUCAAGCGGAGAGCUAUAGUUUUGUUGCCUUUUUAGACUCAUCCAUUUUCUGGCAAAUAAUACUGGACACAGGUAAAAUAAAUGGUCCGUUUAAAAAAAAUCACCUUUAGAAAUCAGCAACGAAAGCUGUUUGCUAAAUUGUCUCAGCCACAGAGAUUUUAAGAAAUCAUCACAUUGUUAUUGGCCCGUAUUCGCGCGAAAAUAUAAUUAAUUAGUUCACGUUCCGGCCGAAAAUUUUGAAAUGAUGUGGAGAAUUUUGAGGAGUUAUGUCUCGCCGCAGACUUGAAUGGUAGACUGACUAUUUAUUACCAGAGUGUUCGAGGCCUACGCACUAAAAUCGAUGAAGUUUCCCUAGCAAUUUCUUCUUCCCAUUACAACAUAAUUAUUCUCACCAAGAUCGCGUUAGAGGAUAGGAUUCAUUUUCAUCAGCUUAUUGGCCUUACAAAUGCUGUUUAUAGAAACGAUCACUGUUUUGUAAACAGCCGUAAACCACGCAGAGGUGGCGUACUCAUCGCCGUAUCUACUGCAUUGAAUAGUUUCGACACCUGUUGACGUUUCGCUUGAACAGCUGUUCGUUAAACUGAAGCUACCUGACCGUUUUGUUUUGUUUACCAUCACAUCGUAAGAGUGAUCUAGUCAGUGCAAACAGCCAUGUCCAUUCGCCUGAGUCGGUUUUUUUUCUUGCCUUGGAAAUAAUGAUUGUGCAUUGUUCUUUGGAUACUUCAAACACAGUCUGGUCUCAUUUGGGACACACAUGACAAUUUCGCACCUGUAGUCAACGUGCUUCGCUCUUACAUUUCUACUGCUUGCGCGGCGCUAUUGGAUUGAUUCAGCUUUAACUCGCUCACAACAAAUUAAUAGCAUUGACCAUCGUUACGGUCGUAUCCUGGACUUUGUUUUAUUGAGAAUAAAUCAGCACUAGCCGACUGUCAGAUCCACGAACCUGAUGCUCCCGUAGAAGUUAUUAUCUGUCUACCGAAACCCGUUAUUUUUGAGAAUAUUUGGAAUGAUCUUGGUUUGACUUUCACCGUGCUGAUUUCUUGGGACUCAGCACUCUUUCAUAGAUUGGCAUUCACUGGAGCAUGCGGAAUAUAUUGACCUGUUGGCUGAUUAUGUUCCUCUGCACCAGCUCGUAAAUCACCGUGAGGGUAAUGCACAUCCCCGACAUCUUAAACAACUCAGAUCUAAGGUACUUCGAUUGUAUUGCCGUACAUACUGUCGUUUCGCCAAAUAUCGUUUUGCAUAAUUAUCGAUCUUAUAACCAUUUCUUGUACAAACGCUACUCUAUUCAAACACAAGAAACACAAGAAAAUCUGUGCAAUAAUCCCUGACAAUUUUGGAAAUUCGUGAACUCCAAGCGGAAGGAGGACGGAUUACCUACUGAUAUAUUUUUGAAGGAGUAGACUGCUAGUGUGGCUUCGGAGAAGUGUGACCUACUUGCCACUCACUUGAAAAGCGCAUUAAAUGAAACGAUUUCAUCUGCUAUGAUAAUAGGUUAUAGCAGCAAUCAGCAAGCUGAACCAUUCAGUUACUCCUGGUUUAGACGGUCUACCUUCAUGCGUUGUCAAGAAAUGCGCAGAUACGUUAAUUUAGUCGUUGACAACUCUUUGAACACUUCCUUCAGGCAGUGUCCCCAAGUAACCAUAUACAUUAAGUCACUGCACAAUAUUGGCUAUACAUUUGCACUAAUGUUACAUUGAAGCUCCAUUAUAGCAUUAACAAUGAAAUAAAGUUCAAUAUUAGCAACAUUAAUGCAUUAAUUCACAGCUGAAAUAUAGCAUUAUCGCUUGCUCUGUAUACGUAUAUAAAGCUGAUAUAAGUCGUAUAUACUUUAAGGAUCUUUAAAACAUGUAUGCCUUACAUGUGCAUUUAGUGCCACUAUAUAGCAAAUAUAAAGCCGAUAUAAUGCUAUUAUAAUGCUGUGGGUUUAUUUGUUAUACAACUUCUGUUGAAGAUUAUAUUCGGCAUAUUUCAUUUCAUUCGAACAUAUGCAAUAUAGCAUAGACAGGAAAAGCUGCGCACUUACCGUGAGGAACGAGGCAAGGUACCUCUGUUCGAGACUUACUUAAGUUAAUUUUUAUAAAAAAUUAAUCAUAUCGUGUGAGAACGAAAUUCCGUUAAGGAUAUUAAGGUUGGACAGAGAAUGGGCAAAAAUCGAAAAAGCUGUUUAUUUCCACGCCGUAUGUUAGAUCUUCAUAAAAAUCAAUCAGCAGUACUGUGACAACAUUCUACAUAAGCUGAUUUUUAUGAAGGUCUGACACAAGCUGUGGAAAAAACUGCUUCUUUCGUUUUCGAUUCUUGCCCAUUCUCUGUCCAACCUUAUUCUAGUUUUGUAUUGUUGCAAAAAUAUCGGCUUUUUAUGCCAAAUUGGGAAGAAAUCAAUUCACUCAAAUUGGCUUUUUUCCAUCCCCAUACCAAUUCAUUAAAACCACCUAGAUCAGAUGAUAAUUAAAUAAACGCUCAAAAAUUAAAAUUUUAGUUUUAAUUGUCACUAGAAUUAUAGUAUUGUGCUCAUAAGCGCAGUUUGUUGUUUGCUGUGGGACAAUACUUGUUCCUCGUGGACGAAUCUCGUGCAUCAUUGUUCCACAACAAACAACAAGCUGCCCUUAUCAAGACAGGAAAAUAAUUCUAGUGAGCAUUAAAUCUGAAAUUUUCACGCAAAAUGGUAAAUAGCAGAAACCAUUUGGAUUGUCAGAUGAAAGUAGCAUUAUCUGCUGUUUUACAGACAUCAAAUAUUCUUUUCAGGGUUCCAUAUGCGAAUCUAUAGCAUAGGUUCGAACAUUUUCCAUUGCCAAAAAUUAUAUUAAAAUUCGAGGUUUAUAGAAUUACCAAGAUAACUUAUUUAAAUUCAUUUUUUGGAAGAUAAUGGAAAUCGCAAAAUUCAAAAUAACACCAUAGUAUUGUAUUCUACUUCACUCCGGUUUUGUCUCUGACAUUUCUUAUCAAUGUUUUAUCUUUUCGAAUUGGUACAUGGUGUUUGGAAUAAUUAUUCAAUAGCUUUUGUCAAUUCCAUAAGCGAAACUGAAGAUUCAAACGGAAUCAUUUUUAGGUUUUUCAUCUUGUUGAGUAUUGGCAGAGAUUCAGAUUCGGUAGCCCUAAUAAAAGAUCAAUAUCAAAUAAUAGAUACAUCUUGACCACCUUAAAACGAAGUCCCAGUAGGACAAAAUUAAUCUGAAAGCUAAACCCUACAUUCAAGCCAAUUUCCGUUUCACUAUCGUUACCGUAUUAGAAGUUAUCUUCAGUCCGAUUUUGGCAUCUUCUAUUUUAAAAGUAUGCCUCUUCAACUGCUCUGCGAUCAACGUCAAUGAUUUCGAUGUCGUCCGCGCAGCCAAGAACCAUGUACAUUCCUGUACACAACAGAGCAUCGUAUCGUACCGUCGAGCACUGUAUUUUGAAAUGGACUAUAAAGUGUAUCGUCAUGCUUCAAUCCAUCCAGGCGUAACAAAUGAGUUAUGUGUUUCUCCAGCUAUUUUGAUGUUUCAUUUUGACUCAUCAAGCGUCAUACGAAUCAGCUUAACUAGCUUCGUCGAAAAGCCAUGUUCAAGUAUUAUCUGCCACAGUUUUGUUUCACUGAAUCGUAAGCCGUAUUGAAAUCCACCAACAGAUAUAAACUUCAACCCUUUUUCGGAUUUCAGAGACGUUCUGCAAGUUUUGGGGACAGUAAGCGAAUGUCAUGAAAUUAUAGCUAAUUUUGAUGCAUUUCUUGAAAGUUGUGCGAAACGUAUGCAAACAUCAGAAAACUUCUAUAGUUCUCGACAUAGUUCCCUAGAUUCGCAAAACACUAUUCUGAACUUUCUCGGAGAUCUGUAAUUUUUAAGAUAGUUCUGCUAAUUUUGUGAAAAAUGUUCGAUGUUCACAGAGCUUUUGAGAACUUGGAGAAAUUUAGACGAACUUCAAUAAGGAAAUUCUGAAACUUCAGGUAAGGAGCUCAGGUAAGUUCUAAAAAUUUUAAUGAAGCUCUGAAAGUUUCGUAGAAACUUCGGUAACUAUUCUACGACCCAAUAUCUAGAGGCAAACUUCAGUAAAGUUUUGUGUUUUUCAAGCUUGAAGUUUUUUUUUAUGAAUUGCUAGAGGUUUCUGUGACCUGUAGAGAAAAAACUGCAAACCUUUGCGAAAUGUAAGGAAAUUGUACAACCUUUGCGAAAGUUCUGCGCAUCUCAGAAAAAUACCACAAACAUCAGGAAAAUUCGACGAAAUUCAGAAAAGUUCUGCAAUAUUUUGGCUAUCUUAAAGAAGUUUAGCAAACUGUAAGUAAGAUAUUUGUAAAACUUUCCAAAGCUUUGACGAGUUUGCCAUAAACCCGGUCAGCUUCCUUAAAGUUCAUUUAAUUUUCCUGGAGUUCACUAAAGUUUUUUGUAGUUUGCAGAACUAUCCUAGCAGAAUUUUGCUGACUGAAGUUUGCAGAACUUCUCUGCAGUUCCCUGCACUUUUUUUCCAAAUAAGCAGAGCUUUCCUACAGUUCAAUCAACUUUUCUGAUGUUCCCGAACUUCACCGAAUUUAUUUGAAAUUCGCAUAAAUUCAAUAGAAUCAUAGCGCUAGCACUGUAAUUGUUGUAUAUGCUAUGAAAUGACUAUGGAACCAAAAAAUCGAAUCCCGUAACUGAAAGUAGUACCAGUACUUUGUUUCUUCGAAUUCAUUUAAAGAAAUUCACAAAACCUGUCUAAGGUUUAUAAAACUUCCUUACAGUUGGCUGAUGUCAUAUAUGUAUAGAAAUUUAAGUCCUUUCAAGAAAUCUCAUUUGCCUAUAUUCUUGGAAGCAGUAAAUGAUGUCCCUCUUGGGGAUCAUUUGCUUGUAAUUAUUUCAACCCAGCAAUGCAUGGUGGUACAAACAGCCGAAUAAGCUGACGAUCCUUGUCGAAGAAAAUAAAAUUAAACGCGAAGCAAUCCCGUCAAAUGGCACCCGACCCGAGUUUAAGGGACACCCGCUCAGAACGAUUUUUAUUCAAAUGUUUUGUUCACUGAAACAGUGCACCCCAAAUCUACCCACACACGACAAAUUUAAAUCGGUGACUUCACCAUCAAUCUUAACUUUGUGAGCGGGCAUAUAAACGCCGUAGUUUUUCAUAAAAGGAUUGCCGAUAGUAAUGUUAUUUGCUUACUUUAGGCAGAAUAUCAUUAUUCUGAGCUUAGCUGGGCAACGUUUCGAGAUAUCUGUCACAGCUGAAUAUAUCUGCGUUAGUUCUUUCGAAAUUUUUAAAACAUCUUUGACCUGAAAGAAGAUCAACUAUGGUCCGACCGUGAUCAAUAAGUAUGAUUUUUAACGUAAAAUUGUACUCUUUCAUGACGAAUCGUGUUCGGCAUAGAUUUACAGGGUUAUAUAAGUUGAGGUCGGUCAAAACAUCGAAAUAAUAUACUUUAUAUAUCUUAUUGGUUCCUAAGAAUGUUAUAUCAUUUUUUUAUAAGGACCCAAGCAGUUGACGCAAAGCUAUAGUUUUUUUUCGUUUUUUCCGUUACAGGCUUAUAAUUGAAACUUUUGACGCGGUUAUCUUGAAAUCAUGUUUUUCCAUGUUUUUUCCGCUUUCAUAGUUGUUUGUAAUUCGAAGUUUAUUUCCAGUGUCCUUAAAUGAUUUCAUGUUUUUGCUUAAAUUUUCAUAUGGAUGCUAUGAAUUCGAUAAAUAUUUUUCGUUAGAUGAAACAAGUGGCCUUUUUUUGAAAAAACCUCCCGCUUGCGAAAACAUUUUAUUUUAUAAAUUGUUCAAGGACACCACAAGUCCCUACACUAAUACAAUUUGUUUGGUGUAAUUUGAUUGGUUUUUGCUUUCAGUUGAGCAUUUGGACUGGAAUCAUAAUCGCGGAAAUUCAUUUUGAAAAAAAAAACGCUUUUUACGGAAAUUGUUAUAAUUUUGAUAAUUAAAAGUACGUAUCAUAUUUUCAAGCUGAUUUAACAAGUUUGAUAUUGUGCUACGCAAGGCAUAUAACAAGGAUUCAAUAAAAUAUGGUUACAUACCUUUAAAAAUAUUAAAACUUUUCCCUGUUUACGAGCACCUCAACAUAUAUAACCCCUUAACGAUCAUCCGGGGUUAACUGAGCAGUGGGUCUUUUAAGAUUUUUAGAAUAUGCAGAAAUUAAAAUUAAUUUUCAACUGUCCAUAGGGUCUUGUUGGCGAAGCUUGCUUGUAGUUCCGGGUCGCUGCUGUAAAGCCUUCUUCAUCGGUGUUUGAUUCUUUAUUAGUGACGUUGGUUGUUGGUUUGGAGACAUUUACUGUAAUCAUUGUUACAUCGAUGUUGGUAAUGGCAGUUGGUUUAGUGGUACUGGGUCCGAUCGUUGUUGAGCUGGAGUUUGUUACUGCCUGGUUCGCUGUUGUUGGUUUUCCAACUAGUUGUGGUUUAGCAUACGACGACUGUAUACCGGCGUUGGUCGUAGCAGAGGGAAUUUCCUUAGCAGCUUCUGCGCAAGGUUUUCCGUGGUGUAGCGGCUGAUCGCAAUAUUGGCACAUAAGAAUCUGCCCUGGAUACAAGACAAGUGUUCGUUGAGAAUAUUCAAUACCUUCAGGUGAUCUGCUUGAUAUGGUCAAGUAGCAGGGAAUAGGUUUUGUCGGUCGCAUUCUUACUACUCGUACGCCGUUGCGAAGUCCUGGGAAGAAAUUCCUCCAAGUAUCUUGCUUAACACUCUCCACCUCUCCGUAUUUUGACAUUAGUUGUUUGAUAGCGGCGGACCUAGUUCGUGGUGCCAGGCCAUGUAGCUUUACUUAAAUACUGUCAUUAUCAAUAUACGUUGGAAUGCUGUAUAAAAUGUCAUUACAUUCGACGACUUAUUUCGAAUUGUACACUCAGCUUCACAUUCAUUUUAGCAUAACCGCUGACAAUGCUGCAAGUGUUGGCAAAAGCCGCAAAUUACAAUAAUUUCAUUUUAGAAUGUCGAACUGAAAAAAGACAAAGUAAACACCAAAGAGGCGCGAAACUUAGACUCCGCCAAGGGCGCCAGAGGACCAAGCAACGGUCCUGAAUUUAAAUAUUCCAUUACUUCUUUCAUGACCCUGCAACCUGAAUCUGUUCAUUCUCAGACCACGCUGUGUACUCAUGACGAUCAGUCUCUCACGUGUCAGUACUGGAAGCCAUCAACACACAAAAAUAGAAAAUUCAACAGACGCGAUUGUCCUAACAGUAAACUAUCAGUAAAAGUUUAUUCAGCAACACCGUUAUCUAGAGCAUUAGAAGAAACUACCAGCACCCCAAAGAAGAAUAACAGGAAACAAGGGAUCCGCAAUCCGCAAUCCGAAGAAACAAGUCAAAGCAAUCAGCAAUAUCCAAGAUACUAGCAGGAAGAAAAAGAAAUCUGGCGUUUUUGGCUGAAUAAGCUGCACCGGUACCGAAAAAAUCUCCGCGCGCACUGGUAAAUUGCGUGCGAGGAUUUACAUGGACAGUUUAAUAUGUUUAUUAUAAUAUACGCAAACGGAGGUCUUAGUGGAAUAUAUGUAAUAUUUCAAAGGUUUUCUUCCAUUUAAUUCCACUAUGUUAAACAUAGUGGAAUGAAAUGGAAGAAAACCUUUGAAAUAUUAUGUUUAUUAUACUAUUUAUUCGGUUUAAAUGGAUAGAAGACACGUGGUUCUCUAAGCUCACACUUCGAACCGAUAUACAAGUUAUAAUAAGUAUCCAAAAUCAUGCUAAUCUGUAGGAUAAAGGGCGCACACGAAAUUAUUGCGACACCGAAAUUUAUUUUAAUUUUCUUAUAAUGUUUAAAAUCAAACCAAAAUUUUAGGGUAGUUUUAUACAUAUAUUUACUUCAAAAAUCAAAAGAAAAGUUAAUCGAUGGAGCCUUGAGUGUAAAAUUGAACGCAUUUUCGCUUGAUGCCCUCCAUCAAAGUCUUUACAGUGUCAUCCGGUACCAGUUUCUCAGUUUUUUCCAUUUUCUUAACAUGUCCUUCUCGUCUUUGACUGUCUUCUUGCUCUUCCGAAGUACCCGCUUCAUCAUUGCCCAGUACUGCUCCACCAGGCGCAGCUCCGGACAGUUUGGCGGAUUCAUGCCUUUUGUCACGAAAGGCUCACUCCUCAGUCCGCAAGAGCAGAUGGCCUGCCAAAUGAGAUAUUUGGAGGCGAACUUCGACAUUUUCUUCUUCUUUAAUUUGUCGUCCACAUAGAACUUGCUCUUGCCGGUGAAAAACUCCAACCCCGGAAUUUGCUUAAUAUCGGCUUUUAUUUACGUUUCGUCGUCCAUCACACAGCAGCCAUAUUUUGUUAGCAUCUUCUCGUAGAGCUUCCGUGCCCGAGUUUUAGCCGCCGAUUGUUGCCGCUCAUCGUGGUUUGGGAAGUUCUGUACCUUGUAUGUAUGUAGUCCAGCUCUCUUCUUUGCAUUCUGGACGUAGCUCUGCGACAUGCCGAUCUUUUUAGCCAAAUCACGGCUUGAGACGUUGGGAUUUGCUUUAAUCAUCCGCUUCACCUUUCCCUCCAUCUUUUUGUUCUCCGGUCCCAGUUUUCUUCCAGCUCCUUUGCCGUGGUCCAACGUCAACCGCUCCUGGAACCGCUUCAACACUCUGGAGACGGUUGAAUGGUGAAUGUUCAACAUUUUUCCCAACUGCCGGUGCGACAGGUCAGGAAAUUCCAGGUGUUUCCAUUUUCGUUGAAUCGAAAAACACGACUUCGAGUUUGACAGCAUGUAAACAAUACACAUCAAUGAGAAAGUGUGCAAAAUUUGGUUGAUUUUUACCCAAUGGUAAAAAAGUUAUGCCCUGUUGAAUGUGUCGCAAUAAUUUCGUGUUCGCCCUUUAUGUAAGCUACUUAUUUCCAUUUUGCCUCGGUUGAUGUUUGUUGGCUAUCAUAUAUGAUAUAUUUUGCACUAUUCUAAACAUUUUUUUAGGUAAGGGCGUCUUUAAAACCUUUAAAUUUUGAAAAGAAUUUUAAACAAAAUCUGAACCUGGAAAUACUGGUCUAUUGUACAAACAAGCGUACUCUUUCGGAAUGACUCACUCAUACACAAACUGUCGAGUGAUCACCUUCCGUUUGUUUUUCAACCGACUCAUCCGGUCAGAAUGAUAAUGGCUGUUAUAGGUACCUACAUGCUGACGGUUUGGCUGCCCAAAAACUGCUCUUUUAUUCACCAUUAGGCACUGGAUGGUGUGCCCAAUCCCUUUCCGGUGGGGAUUGGCUGUGGUCGCACUAUGCGUGGUUCGGUUUCGCUACCCCGCCUGCAGUCAGUGUUGUAGGUACAUGAAUUUGUAAUUAUGUAUAUUCUCGUUCUGACUUCAGUAGAAGUUCUGCCACACCAGGCUUUUGGGCAAGUAUAGGAAGGUGGAGUGAAAUUUUUACACCCACAGGUUCCGGCGCCAGACAGUUGGUGGAGCUUUAAUAUUAGCAGCAAGUGUUUCGUGAAUUUUUCAGACGCAAUUGCCACGAUGUAUGCGGUCGAGAUGGGAUGGUUUUCAUAGGGAUUUCAGAUUUGUUUAAACGAGGAAACGAUGAUUAUGGGUGGAAUUGAACGAAUUCAAAGUGCCGUCGGUUUAUUUUGUUUCAAAUCUAUCCUGGGAGAGAUAUCAUUCUAAGUCUUUAAGUUGCGGUGUUUUAUUUUCAUCCUAAAAUAGCUUUCAAAUAUUUUUAUUAUGUUUAACCAGUUAAUCACGGAACAUUGUUGAGUAUUCAAAUAUACACAUUGUCAUGCUGUCAUUCCAUUUGAUCGAUUUUUACCUUGAAUUGCCAUUAAGGUUCAAUUGAGAAAUCUUCUAAAUCGGUCAUCAACAAUUAACAAUAUUCUGAACAAGCUGAUGCAUAUUUAUGGAAUAUCAGGGGAAAAGUAUUCCUUUCUCAAAUAUUUUCGAUAUUUAUUCAGUUGAAUCUUAAUUUUAGGGUUCAAAUCACACCACGAAAUUUAACGUUGGUUUUCUCAACGCGCCGCGUCUUUCUCUGUAUCAUUUUCACCUAAUCUCUACUGUCCGUUUGUCGGUCUGGACCUUUGUUCGCCCCUCCUUCCAAAAGAGCAACUCUUACCAACUGGAAUAGCUGUCAUUUUCGUUUCCCAAAAUACCCUCAAAAUGGUGUCUGUUUUGAUUUGCAUAUCUUUCCCCCGUAAUUUGAGUGUGGAAGGCGUCGUGGUUGUUUCUAGCAUCUUCAGUCCUCUUUGUCCCAAACUAAAAUUUUGUGAAGGUUUCUUGGUUACGGGUUUGAUUCUCAAAUGCCGGUCCAUUUUUGUUGGUCCUAGGCCUCGACAGCGGGACCAAUUAUAACCAGCAUAUUCGGCAAAGACAGAGUGCGAAAAAAGGAAGGAGAGCUACCGUCGACGUCGUGGAAUAAUCGGUGAGGAUAUUGCGUUUGCGAAAAUUGAAGAUUUUGAUAAGCUGAGCAUCUUACAAGGAACAAGUUAAAAAAUACAACAAAGCAAAAAAAAAACACGGAUAAAGACAAAAAGAGUCAGAGAUAGAGAAACAUAAUAGAACAAUCCGAAAAAAGAAAGGCUAUUUCCCGCUCCUUAGUGCCGUGGCAUUUAGGAUAAAUUAUGUAAAUGUGAAUAAAUUUUUAACUUGAGUUAUUAUUUUAUCACCUUCAUCUGAGCGCGCGUUCGGUGCUCGGGUGAAAAGACACACAAAAACCCGGCCUGGCAUGGCACCGGUGUCGGGGUGUGUCUGUACACUUUUCAGCCCAGGAGGCGGUAAUUUUAUCAGAAGGAAGUUAUGAAUAUUUAUUCAGCACGGCCGUAAGUAAUGGAGAAAAGCUGACGGGAGCCGGAUUAGAGGUAGUAUCUUACUUAUCACAAAAGUCGUUCCUUUUUUCCCGGUUCAAAACAGCCAGAAUCAUUCCAAAUGUUUUACUUUACUACUUAAGUGAAAUAGAGAUAGGUGAACAAAAAAAAAACACGUAAUACAAUUCAAAUCUAGUGAACAGAACAGCAGCAGAUAUCAAACUUAGUCUUUUAGGCACUUGUUACAUUCCAUUUUAGUGUAUGGAUGUGUAUAGAUAACCCAAGAAAUAAAAAAAAACAAAAGUAUGGUACAAUACAAUCGCGAAUAAAGCAAAUGAACUCAAACUGAUAAGAACAUUCCGGUAGGAAUACCAAAAUAGUCGAUAAAGUAUCAACUAAUCUGUAAGCAAGUUUUAUUGUUUUUGUGAGUUUUUAUUAAAACAACAAUAAUUAUAUCAUUAAGAAUAACCAAUGAAGUGGCUUUAUUUAUAUUAUCUCUGUAAAUUAUCAAGAAAAGUGUGUAUAAAUUAUUAAGUAAGCGCAAAAACAAAAUGUGUUACUUGAAAUAGUGUGUGAAGUUUUAAACUAAGACUUUAAACUACAUUGAAUGGUAUUGAUCGAAUAAUAUGUAAAAAUAAACACUUCACUUAUGGCAAGACGAAAUUGUAUAUCACGGGGUUUUUAAUCAAUCUUUAAUAUAACGAACAUAUUGUUUGAACAA